AUGCAUUUUGUUGAGGAGGUGGUGCGACAGAAAGCGCCAGUGCGCGCGAUGAACGCCCCAGCAACGGCGUCGCGUGCGCCGACAAAACGGAAGAGAAUUAAUUACAAUAUCGCUGCGCUCCAGAACGCCAUAGAGCAACAGAACACAGAACAGGACAAUGACGAGGACAACGACGAAUCGGAGCGCCACGUUGCGCUCGAAUUGAAGAAGGCCAACCGACGGUUCGAGGAGCUCGACAGAGAGAACUUCAGCGAGAUCCACAAGUUCGAGAUCCCAAAGAAUCUGGGUCCCAGCACCAAUAAACGGGCGUCGACGCCCUCUGUGGCGGUGAAACGAAUUCUCAACUCGAAGAAAAACUGGUCCAACUACACGGACGAGCUUGACAAGGCCGAGAUGCGCGCGCUGAACGGACUGGAAAUCAAGCCAGGCCAGGCCGUGGAUAUACGCGGUUCCCAGUCCGAGCUUACCCUCACGAGGUCUGAGCUGGAUGUGUUCUUUACCGUAAACUUGGAUCAAUUGCUUGGCCACGUCCUGGGUGCCGUCUGGAGACGCGUCGUCGACGAUGAUAAUCUCCCACGACAGACCGGCCUUCUCCAGAUGCUUAGCCAGAAGGUAAGUGAUGAUUGGCAAGUUUCUGCGCUCGUUGUACGUUGGUAA